AUGAACUUCGAAGUUACCCUCCAGCUUGAUGACGGAUAUUAUCUGGGUGGCACCUUUAUUUUUUCCUUCCAAAUUUCUCCAUCUAUUCUCAUGCCAAAGGAAGAGAAAGCCAAGAAAAUGAUGUGGGAAGCUGGAGGAUCAUCAGCAUCGUCUUCAGCAGCUGGUAUAGGAGGUGAUGGUGGUGGUGCAGGGAGGAGGAAACCAUCUUGGAGAGAAAGGGAGAACAACAGGAGGAGAGAGAGGAGGAGGAGAGCAAUAGCAGCCAAGAUUUAUGCAGGAUUAAGGGCACAAGGGAAUUACAAUCUUCCAAAACACUGUGAUAACAAUGAAGUCUUGAAAGCUCUCUGUGUUGAGGCCGGUUGGAUCGUGGAGCCUGAUGGCACCACCUAUCGUAAGGGAUGCAAGCCACCUCCAAUGGAAAUGGGAGGCACUUCAACCAACAUCACUCCUAGUUCAUCCCGAAACCCGAGUCCACCGUCUUCGUAUUUUGUGAGUCCGAUUCCAUCGUACCAACCUAGUCCCUCGUCCUCUUCGUUCCCAAGCCCAUCCCGGCAAGACGCCAACGGAUCAUCACACCCAUAUGGUUUCCUUCUCAACUCUUUCCCUUCGUCUCUUCCUCCACUCCGAAUAUCAAACAGUGCCCCGGUAACACCCCCUCUUUCUUCACCGACUAGGCUCCCUAAACAAACUUUCACUCUGGAGUCUCUUGCCAAAGAAUCCAUGUCUGCCUUGAAUAUCCCUUUCUUUGCAGCUUCUGCCCCCGCAAGUCCUACUCGUGCUCGGCGUUUUACGCCAGCCACUAUACCUGAAUGCGAUGAGUCAGACACGUCCACUAUUGAUUCUUGCCAAUGGAUGAACUUCCAAGUCUGUGCAAAUGCAGCCAACAUGGUUCCAACUUCUCCAACAUUUAAUCUAAUGAAACCAAUCGCAAACCGUGUUCCUUCCCAAGAUGUAGUGAUGUCGGAGAAGGGGAAGGGUAUAGAAUUCGACUUUGAGAAUGUUGCUGUGAAGCCAUGGGAAGGCGAAAGGAUUCAUGAGGUGGGAAUGGAUGAUCUCGAGCUUACUCUUGGAAGUGGAAACACCCGGAUGUAA